ACACGAAGACAGGAAAAUGACGAAUUAAAUUCAGAUUACCGCUAAUUCACGAAGGUGUAAUUAAUUUUUACACAAUCUUUAGUUAAUUCACACAUAAAGAACAAUAAUAUACAUUAUUAUUCCUUUUGCAAAUACCUUUCAUGCUUAUCUCUCAUCUUUUCCCCUUCCGAAUAAUAUGCAUAACAUAAAUACAUAUAUAUUUCAUUAUAAGAUGUAGGAAAUGUGCGAAAGGUGCAGAUCCAACGAGCGGACCUCCACGUCGAUGAUCGAUACACGUAACACAAUCUGGCAAAUGUCACCGCGAAAAUACGCCUGUGAAACGCGGCAGUAAAAGAGAAAAAGAGGAACAAGCUCUCCCGCAUAACGUUCCCAGAGUCCGUCAAGUUGCAACGAAAUAAAUCUUGUGGCCCUCGACUCUCGUGCCCGCGGAACGCGUGCAUGUCAAAUGCCACGUUGUAUCUGAUAGAGUAGACCAAUAGGGGUUCGCACGAUAUCGUGGUCCCAUAUCAUUAUCAGUGGUCGCUAAUGUGUCGCCGGUAGGAGAGGCACGUCCUGAUUAAACGUUUUUGAGACAUUAACCCCUUACGAUGAGGUACAAGCUCUACCUUACAUUCCUGGUUCUCUCCGUGCUGAGCCUCGGGUAUGUCGCUUGCCAGUACAGAACGAAGAGUAAUCAAGGCUCCUCCUUGGCAGAACGCGUGCAGCAGAUGAUGGAGAUGGCGAUGAAGAGGUCGGUUUUGAAGUUCAACGGACCAAAGUUCAAGCAAUACAUCAAAGCUACUCCAAGAAAUUAUUCUGUCAUAGUCAUGUUCACUGCCAUGGCACCUCAGCGGCAGUGCCAGAUUUGCAGGCAUGCCAAUGAUGAAUUCACGAUAGUGGCCAAUUCGUUUCGGUAUUCUCAAGUAUACUCCAACAAGUUAUACUUCGUGUCUAUCGAUUUUGAUGAAGGGUCUGAUGUAUUCCAGUUGAUGCGUUUAAACACCGCGCCGGUGUACAUGCACUUUCCACCUAAGGGAAAGCCAAAAGCUGCUGAUACCAUGGAUAUCCAGAGAGUGGGAUUCGCUGCGGAAGCAAUAGCAAAGUGGAUCGGUGAACGCACUGAUAUUCAGAUCAGAGUAUUUAGACCACCAAAUUAUUCUGGCACAGUGGCGGUAGUGAUGCUGCUGGUCCUCAUAGGAGGUUUCCUAUACCUUCGACGUAAUAACUUGGACUUCAUCUAUAAUAAGACAAUAUGGGGUCUUGGCGCCUUGUUCUUCACUUUGACCAUGACCUCUGGACAAAUGUGGAAUCACAUCAGGGGACCGCCAUUUAUUCACAAAUCACCAAAUGGGAACGUAGCGUACAUUCAUGGAUCAUCUCAGGGCCAGUUUGUGUUGGAAACGUAUAUCGUUAUGGUUCUCAAUGGAGCAGUCGUGUUAGGAAUGAUCCUAAUGACCGAGGCUGCCGUUCGUAAAAGCGACGUGAAGAAACGCAGGAUAUACGCCACAAUUGGUUUGGGAUUACUCGCAGUUUUCUUCAGUCUUCUUCUAUCAAUAUUCAGGAAUAAGGCUCAAGGCUAUCCGUAUAGGGAAGAAUAACUUGUCUGUUUCAGCUUAUUGUUCAAGUAGCUAGCAGGUAUAGAAAAAAAGCACUCUUCAUACAUUCUCCAUUAGGGCAAGAAAGGUUUUUGCGCGCGCACGCAGCAGCUCUCGGCAUGGAAUAUUAUACUAAGAUUUUUUACAAGCAAAAUACAGAGUUAUAUUGUUAUAAAUGUUGUGAUCUCUGCCACUUGUAACGUAAGAGAAUCCAUAUUUAAUAUUAAUGUUUGUCAAUAAAAUACCAGAGUGUAAGUAAUGGAAAUAUAUAUUUAAAC